UGCUGAAACCACAGACGGGUGUAAAGUCCAUCGACAGCAGCGGGUCGACUGCAAACCACAUCGUCUCUUGUUUUUACAGCGACUCUUGUUUUCAAACUAUUCAAUCUAAUAAUGGAGAUUCCAGUAUUCAGUGUAGAUGCCUUCACUAAUUUACCGUUCAAGGGAAAUCCUGCUGCAAUUUGUCCACUUAUGCAUGAACUGAGAGAUGACUUGUAUCAGAGGAUAGCAGCAGAGAUGAACUUGUCAGAAACAGCUUUCAUCUCCAGGAUCAACCCCUCUGACAGUUUCACCACAGGAUCAAGGUUCCGACUUCGAUGGUUUACACCAACCACUGAAGUGAAUCUGUGUGGUCAUGCUACUCUGGCCGCGGCAGCAGUGCUCUUCAAACAUAAGGAGAACGUGAAUCCCAAACUGGUGUUUGAGACGAGGAGUGGAGAUCUGGCUGUCACCAAGCAGGGGGAAGGGUACAUCAUGGACUUUCCUCUCAACCCCCCCACCCAGGAGGAUGCCAAAGAGUUCAGAGACAUCAUCAAGGUUGCAGUUGGAAACCACCCAAUUCAGGAUGUUUAUCUGAGCUCCAACACUAAGAAACUGAUGCUUCGACUGUCUGACAGCUGUGACAGGUCCGUGCUAACCAGUCUGAAAAUAGACCCUGUUGCUCUUCAGAGCAGUGAGACGAGUGGAAGAGUCAAAGGACUAAUCAUCACCAUGAAAGGAUCCCCAGACUGCCAGCCAGGAUACGACUUCUACUCCAGAUACUUUGCUCCAUGGAACGGCAUCCCGGAGGAUCCUGUCACUGGUUCUGCACACACUGUGCUUGGUAGCUACUGGUCUAAGAAACUAGGAAAGAAGAAAAUGCUGGCUUUCCAGUGCUCCAGUCGAGGCGGGGAGAUGGAAUUAGAAGUGAGAGACGACGGAAGAAUCAACAUAGCUGGACAGACCGUCACUGUGCUGCAGGGGGCAAUCACACUAUAGCCACAGACACAACCAAGUUAAGAGGGUCGGGGAUGACGGGACGCAGACUCAGGCUUUGUACCAUUUCAUUAA